ACUAAGCCAUCUUUCUUUUUUCUGCGCCUACGACUUCUCUUCUCUUUCCACAUUCUCCAUUCCUCCCUCACUCCAAUCCAAUGUCUAUAUAUAUAUCCAAACCAUGCUCACAACUCUCACACGCUCUUCCCUUCUUCGCCACCUUUCGCUUCUCGAUUGCUUCAGCCAUGUCAAACUCUCUCCAUUCCUCUGCUUUCGUCACACCCAGAUUGGUCCUCAAGAAGGUUCUCGCCAAAUCUCAACACGAAGGCGACGGAGCCGUCGUUCGAAGAGGCAUCGGAAGGACUGAGUUGAAGAACUUGGAUCCCUUCCUCAUGUUGGAUCAUUUCUCAGUAUCUCCUCCCGCAGGAUUUCCCGAUCACCCACACAGAGGUUUUGAAACUGUCACCUACAUGUUAGAGGGAGGUAUUACUCACCAAGAUUUUGCUGGGCAUAAGGGUACAAUCAGAGCUGGUGAUGUUCAGUGGAUGACUGCAGGUAGGGGAAUUAUUCACUCCGAAAUGCCCGCAGAAGCAAACAACAAGGGAUUGCAAUUAUGGAUCAAUUUAGCCUCCAGAGACAAAAUGAUCGAGCCCAACUACCAAGAACUUCCGAGCGAGAACAUUCCAACAGCAGAAAAAGAUGGGGUUGAAGUGAGAGUGAUAGCAGGAGAAUCGAUGGGAGUGCAAUCCCCCGUGUACACACGAACUCCAACCAUGUUUCUUGUUUUCUCCAUGAUGCCAGGGAGUGAGUGGCAUCAGAGCAUUCCAGAGUCGUGGAAUUGCUUUGUUUAUGUGAUUGAAGGAGAAGGGGUUUUCGGGUGUACGAGUUCAUCUCCAUGUGUGGCACACCAUGUGCUUGUUCUGAGUCUAGGUGAUGGCCUUAGCGUAUGGAACAACUCUUCAAAGCCUCUGAGAUUUGUUGUGGUAGCAGGACAACCACUGAACGAACCAGUGACUCAGUAUGGGCCUUUUGUGAUGAACACGCAGUCUGAGAUUGAGAAAACCCUUGAAGACUACCAAUAUGGAAGGAAUGGUUUUGAGAUGAGGAAGUAUUGGAGGUCUCAAUAGUACUGUAAUUCAGAAAAAAAUUUAUCAGUGUCAGUGUCAAUCUGAUAGUGAAAUCAAAGUGAUGUGUAUGUAUUUAUUUAGAUCAAAUAAAGAAGCCUGUGUUGUUUUCCUUCCCUAUCAUUUUCAUUUCAUGUGUCACUCACAGCCGUAGCUAUCAAAGUAGUAGGAGCUGAAUGAAAACAAAUAUUGCUUAUUCUAGAUCCCUUUUUUUUCAUUUCUAUGUACCAAAACAUUCUAGAACAUUAAAAUUGCUGCUCAAGUCAUGAUGGUUA